GGGGGCUGGGGGAAGGAAUGUCAAACACAUUCAGACAGAAAGUGUAUAAUGAUGCAGAAACGCCCAUAGCACCGAACACAUUCAUUGCAGACACUCAAGUCCCACGUGGACCCGUGAAUGUGAGCGAGUCGACAGAACGGAAGACCUGCGAGAGGGGAAUUUUCUUUUGCGCACCGAACUGUUGCUUCUCAUUCGGUUUUGGUGCCGUGACAAAGUGGAGCAGGCUUUUGUUUUUUCUCGAGCGACGCUGAAAACCGAUCCAGUCCUUCCGUCCGCUGCCAGCUUUCACACUGCAGAGAGGCAAUAACAAAGUUACAGAAUAAAAAAAAAAAGAAGGAAAGAAGGAAAAGGAAGAAGCUCUUUUUUUUCUUGGUUCGAGGAGGAGGGAUGGCGAAGUUGUGCGAACACCGGAGUUGCAAAAAACCUUCAGGAACCGUGAGAAAUGAAACGGCCAUGACUCGUAAUGGUCAAGAACCAGACGACAGCCAAACGUUCUGGCUGAAAACGAGGAGGCAUGUUAAUUAAACCCCCAGGGAGAUAAAAACAUUUCAAGGAGAAAGACAUCAUAAGAAAAGGAAAAACAAAAUCAAAGGAGGACAACUCUUUUUUUUUUCCUGUGCAGCUGAAGGACAUAUGGAUUACUCCCAGAGUACACGUGUCUUUAAAUGCACUGUUCUUCACCGUUCUGUCUCUGCGUGUUUUUUCCACGUCCCCCUGGAAGGCGGGAGUCUGUUUACAGUGUGUUCAAGCUCUUAAACACUUGAUUACACUGUCUGAUGUUGAGAUCUUUAACAGGUGUUCUGGGACAUGAUUGCAGUAUUUAACUAAUGCCAUCAGGGCAGUCUAUUCCCAUGAGAACAUUUUGCCAAGCUGAACGUUAAAUAACUUUCUUGCUGAUUAAUGAUGUGGUUUAUAACGUGAGUGCUUACGGUCCCAAUAUAUCAGAGAUAUCAGCUCAAUCCCGUUUUGAGCCGUGUGUAGAUUUUAAAUGUUCUGUUCUUCCAUGAGGGCUUUUGUUGCUGGAUAAUCAGUGGCAAUCAAUUAGUGAAGCUGUGUGCUCGGAAAUGUGGCAAUCAUGUGAUUUUCUUCAAACCCUGUAGCACCCAUAAUACUAUACUGUAUAAAACUGUAAUUAGUAAUUUUUUUAAUUAGUUAAAUUUAAAAUUAACAUUUUGCGGAAGUUGAAGGAAAAACUCAGCCGUUCUUUUCACCAUGCUGAAUCAGGGGUGUCGGAUCGUUCUUUGAUUUGACGGGUGGUUGUUCUCCCCCCCCCCAAACUACAGUUUCGCCACUGACACCCAAAAAAAGGUUGAGCAUGGCGGUGUGGGCGGUCCUGUCCAGACUGCUGCUCAUACUGCUGCUCGGCUCAUCCUCUCUGGCGCAGAAAGGAGAGAGCACGGAUACGGACCACCGAACAGCCAAUCAGACCGCAGUGCCCUCCGUCGCCCCGGAGGUCACCUUGACAACCCCGGGAGGUGACGUGGAGGAGGAGACAGUCCCGCCCACGGGCAGCCGUUGCCAGGGCUACUACGACGUGAUGGGCCAGUGGGACCCGCCUUUCAACUGCAACGUGGGCAUCUACCUGUACUGCUGCGGCACCUGCUACUACCGCUUCUGCUGCCAGUUCCGGCAGCACCGCCUGGACCAGACGUCCUGCUCCAACUACGACACGCCCAUCUGGGCCAACACCGGCAAGCCCGGGGCGCCCGUCACCGAGGCCCAGGACGAGCACGACCGGGACCGCACGCACAUGAUCGUCUACAUCAUCUGCGGGGUGGUGGCCAUCAUGGUGCUGGUGGGCAUCUUCACCAAACUGGGCCUGGAGAAGAGUCGGGGCGGGCAGACGGACAUGACCAGCUCCAGGACCCUGACAGAGCUCCUGAAACAGCCCGGGGGGGAGGUGGCCUGUGUGGAGGGGGCGAUGGGGAGCCCCCCCAUGGGAACCAACGGGAUAUCCGCCCGCAUGCUGCGCAGCCGGAGUGAGCAGUACCACCUCAACAACGCCCCCCUCACCCACUUCAGCCCGGGGACGGCGCCGUCCCACACGCACGGCAACCUCAACGUGGCCGGCCUGGACUUCAACAAGUACACCUCGCUCAAAGCCGUGGCAGACUCCGCCUCCAGAGGGCACUACAAGAGCUACCCGCUGAUGGACUUUGCCCACUACCAGGCCCCGCCUCCGACCUUCCAGCCAAUAGCGCUGCACCCCAAGGACAAGCCCUUCCUCCCGCCGCCGGACGCGAACGCGCCGCUGACCAUCGCCAUCCCCGGCGGCCAUCUGGUCCGGCCACGGAUCGCCAAGACCAUCACGCACCCCCUGCCCUCCGGCUCGGCCUUCAAAGCCUGGGACCCCAGCCGAGCCCACGUCCAGCGGCAGACCACGCACCCCGGCUACGCCUCUGGCUACGCCUCCGGCCGCCGCCUGGCCUACACCAGCAGGAGGCAGUGCAGCACGGAGACUCUCCCGCCGAUGGCCUUGCAGCCCCUGGGGUACGGUUACGGUGGCCCGCAGCCGCACCCCAAACACAAGGCCUACCCCACAAACAGCAAGACGGAGGUGACCGUCUGA